AUAAAAGGAUAUUUUGAUUGCCUAAAUCACAAGAUCAGGGAGUAGGUCAUCAUAUUAAUCCGAGUCUGUGCGGAAUUAACAUUUAAAACACAACUAAACGUUUGAAACCUAAAGCUACUGUACUAGAACUCAUUCGCGCGUUUCACCAAUAUUCACCAAUAUUUCUACACAACUAAAUCGCUGAGGUGUAAAGUGCUUCGGAGUGCCGGGGUGUGAAAUGUAUCACCUCAGGUUGGUUUACAGUGGUGCUGAUAGGAACCAGGCAUCACGAUGUCUACAGCACAGUUUCAUUUACCGUCCAAAACCACCAGUGAAUCGGUGUCUUCAGGGCUUUUGUGUGUACUAAUGGUCAAAUAGUGGUAAAUAUACAGGAGUGUGUUUUAUUUUUUGAGCUAUUUUGCUUGUAACUGCACGCAUUUGUUUGAACUAUUUCGCCUUAUGGGGGUGAACCUCGCAUGUAUCCCUCCGCCAUGAACCCAUUAAAAAUACGGUUAGACCAAAAUCUCUCAAAACUACAGUAAAGCAGUGUCUGAGAUUCAGGCAGCAUAUCUGUAACGAUUCUGAGCAACAGUUCUUGUGUUGUAGUUUUUGUGGUCCACAGUGAACCAAAGAAAAAUCGACAGAAUUUCCUUUUAUAAUGAAGAAUGGCUAAAUCGCCUCACUUCCCAUUGGCGGAGAGAGGGUGGAGCCUGAGCCUACCUGAGAGAGAGAGAGAGAGAGAGAGAGAGAGAGAGAGAGAGAGAGAGAGAGAGACUGACUAACUUCUCCACUCCAGGAAGUGAACCCUCUCGGGAGAGAAGCAAGGAUUUCAGUUCAGCUUUAAUGGCUCAGUCUUACUGAGCUACAGGGAGCAGAAUAAAUAAUGCGGAGUUUGAGUUUCAGCCUCGUGUUUCUUCUGUCUGGAGUUCUGCGGUGGAUCUCAGUCUCAGGGAAUCUGACGCUCACCAUAACCCCUCGCAGUGGUGCCACCGUCCACAUCAACAGAAGUCAGACUGCACAGUCAAAGUGUGAAGUUUGUAUUGGAAAGUUGUGCCAGCACUCUGUGACUCUCAUAAACAACACAGAGGUGGUAUUCAACUGUGCACAUCCAGAGGACAUCUUCACAGUGGAGAUUGUUAAACAGAUCGUUUGUUCCAAGACAUGCAAUGAGAAUAUCACCUCAGAGGAGUAUCCCUCUCUUCAAAACUUCAGCCGCACAUUCACUUGGAAUGUAUCCACCCAAGCCCAGAAGGCUUUCAGCUUGAACUUCACCAAAGCUGGUUUAAGGCAGAUCCGACCCACGGAGAGCUGUCAAGACAAACAUGUCUACACGGUCUCCGCAGGCAGGACCACACUUGGGAGAUUUUGUCGCCAUGGGACCAUCAAAGGGAUGAAGGUGUCUAACGAAGGCAGUGUGUCUUUGCAGGUGCCUGGAAAGGGACAGAUGGACCCAACAACCUUUGACAUUUCAGUGGGAGAUCACAUACCAUUGCUUCCGAUUAUCCAAGUUAGCCUGCCAGAGGAAGAAUCAUCACAGGAAUUCCUCUCCCCAAACUACCCAGACAGCUUUCCUGACAAUGAUUUAGUGACAUGGUCCUUCAGAGUCCCUCCUAAAUACUACACAACAGUGCGUAUUCAAAACUACACUGAUCCCAAGUGCCAAAGGAAGGAUGCACGACUGGAGUACCAGUUGUAUUUCAAGAGAGUGGUGAAAAAACUGAGUGAAACCCAGCUGUCUGAGUACCAGGGCUCCUUCAACCUUUCCCUGCAGAACUGUCCGAUGCAGCCCUCCUCUGCUCUCUCGCUCCAUUUCAGCAUCUCUGCUAUCAAGAGAGGCAGUGAAGUGCGAUGUAAUGUAGAUCUGAGGAAGGAGAAAGAGCUGCAGAUACAUAUAAAGAAAAGGAAACCAAAAUCAGCCUGCGUCUUAAAACUAAAUUCACAGAUCCAGGAGACAGCCACAAUCUUUUCGUCAAGGAUCUCGUACCUAUCAUUCUAUGACUGCGCAGAGGAGGACCUGCUGUUAAACAUAAACCAAAACAUAGCCUGUCAGCAGCAAACAGACUGUGCACCUCCUGAAUUUUCUCUAAGGGUCCCUGUGCUAGAGAAGUGUCUCCUGGGAGUUCUGCAGCAAGUCACUUGGCGUCUGUACGUCCCACAGCAUGGCGCAGUGGAGCUGAUGUUUCCCUUGGGCAGCCAGCAGCAGUCUCUGGCUGGCCAGACGUGCAACAGCAGCGUACUCCUCACCGUGACUGAACAUGAGCAGGGGAACAUCACUGUUGGGCAGUUUUGUCCUCAGGGGCCCAUUCACAAAGUGCAGAUCCGAUCCAACAUCACAGUGACUGCCUCCCCUGUAGACAGCAAUGACCUGCGGCAGAUAACGUAUGCCCUUUUAAAGGGUUCUUUCAUGGAAACAAUAAAUGAGCACUACAUUUUCACCGUCUUGCCGAAAAAGGACACGUCAGUGCUGUUGGCCACUCCAGCAUGGCCGGUGGGAAUGAGGCCAUACUCCACGGUCUCCUGGAUUGUCUCUUUUCCUUCACAGCUUGAAGCUCAAGUGGUGUUUACCAACGUCAGCCAGGUCAGUUGUCCGAAUCAACACAAAGGCAUAAAAGUGCAGAAGCAGGGCUCCCGUGACGAGACUUACAGUUGGAGGAUUGGUGAGAAGCUUAAGGAUGUGGUGGUGGAAGAAAGCUUCUAUCUCAAUAUGUCUAACUGCCGGCCGUCGAAAGGAUCCUUCAGUGUGGUCAGCCAAAUCACGUUACUCAAGCGCAAAAACAAGAUUUUGAGCAUCACUCUGAGUGUUUUGAGUGUUUUGUUGGUGCUGGUGGUGGCUGUAUUGGCUGUGGUUUGUAUCAUUAACAGGAAAAAGAAGAAGCAGGCCGCUCCUGAAGUUUCCGUCUACAAUCCCAACGGACAUGCCUUCCUACCAGGCCUCCAUGGAAUUCCCAAGACAACGGAGGAUGAGGACGUUCAUAUUUAUCAUUGUAUUGAUGACACCAUGGUAUAUGGGCACCUUCUUAAAGACGGAACUGAAAUGAAUCACUUUGAACCAGCUGUGGAUUCCUACCAGGCCUUUACAGGACCAACAGAAAGGCAGCCAUUAACAGAGCCAGAGGUGGGAGUCUACAGACUUUUUACUGGGUCACAAAGUGCUCCAGAAGUGCCUGAUAGAGCCCCAGGGCAGGGCAGAAACCCUUUCAGUAAAGACCAGCAGAUAGCUGAUAAAGAGAUCAAUGGGGAUAACUCUGCCCAGAAUGAGACCAACACCACACAAGACUUACAGACAGCACCUAUUGCACAGCCUAAGGAGUACGAUUCUUAACAGGAUGAGUUUGAGGAAGAACACUUAUGCACUAAAAGCCAGCAUACAGGAGGGCAUGGCUGAGCAUGUUGCUGGAAUUAUUUUGGAUUUUGAUUAGUGUGAUUUUUUUUUUUUUUUUUUUUCUUUCUUUCUUUUUUUUUUUUUCUUUUUCCUCUUUAAUUUUACCUGUGAGGCUGAUGGUAACUUUUUGUCCUAAUCUCAGUCCUUUUUUAACGUGUUCUCGGCAGCUUUGACUCAACACUGCAGCACGAGGAGGAGGGGACAGUGAGGAGCAGAUUUUUCAAAUGGAACAGGACAGCCAUAGAAUGUUUGAAUAAUUGCCUUGUGGUGUUAAAUUGUAAUGUACUGUCUUUACUUUAGUUGCUGUUAGCUGUGUAGCUUUUAGCAUUCUCAAUUUCAAGCUAGCAGAGUUGUUUCAGAAGUCAUGUAUGAAAUGGAAUAGCCACUUAAAUCCCAGCGAAUGUUAUGAAUGUUUUGAAAUAUUAAGCAUGUUAAACGGCUCUGUCCAAUAUUAUUUCCAGGUUGGAAAAGGGGUAUGUGUCAGGUCUGGUGCUUGCUGAUGCUUCUGUUCUUUUGAACCCUUGUCCCUCCAAGGGUGCAUCUACCACCCUUCACUUGAGCUAUGACACCAAUGGAAAGGUGCUUAAGAUACUAUUGUGGAGGAGAAAUUGGGAGACCAAGAAGAAAAUGGUGGUGUGCAGGUAGGCAGGUUCCAGAUGACCUGGUUCAUGUUAAUACCACUAUGUUCAAUUACUCUGGAUUGUAGAAGAAGUUUGUUGUGAAGUGUUUGUCACAGCAUUGUAAACAUCUACUAGAUGUCUAAUAGUUUGAGGACACCUGCUCAUUCAGCAUUUCUCCUGAAAUCAAGGAUAUUAAUAGAGAGUUGGUCCUCCUCUGCUGCAGUAACGGCCUCUAUUCUUCUGAGAAGGCUUUACAUAAGAUGUUGGAACUAUGCUAUGAGGAUUUGCUUGCAUUCAACCACAAGAGUAUUAGUGAGGUCAUGCACUGAUGUUGGAUGAUUAGUUCUGAAUCACAAACUCCACUCUAACUCAUCUCAAAGGUAUUGGAUGGAGGAGCUUCACAGCCCAAUGCCGGGGGACUUUAUACUUCUCUAGCCAAAGCGUGGCCUUGUGCAUGGUGAUCUUAGGCUCAUGGGCAGCUGCUCCAGAGUGCUCCUUUGAUUAGAGGUGGUGCCUGGAUCCAUUUGGACAUGGAGUGUAUGUUCAUGCUGGUUUCAUUUGGAAAGUUUUUUUUUCUGUAAUGUGUUUCUUGUUAUUUACAAAACUGAAGCUUUUAUUUUAACUGUGUAAAUGUAAAAAUGUGCCUUUACGUUAUUCUCACUCAUUGAGUCAUCAGUCUUGUUCAUGUGGGUUUAUAACUCUUAAGUUGUACUCCAGUUGUAUAAAGAUGUCAAUGACCAACACAAGUGGCCAAACUAAGUUCUAAAUUCACAAAAUGGCUAACAUAAGCUUUUACAACACUGAAGUUAGACAGGCACCAGAUGUAUUAAGUAUUUAAUAUAAAACAUGAAGAAACAAUGUUACAUUGUGGACUUGGUUUAUGCAGGUAAUACAUUUUAUAAAGAAAUACGGCAUUUAAAUUGUGCCUUUAUUAAAAGUAAAGUUACAUACAUGGGAAAAUAUGUCCAAAUAUUUGUAUGAGUCAAGAUUUGUCACACAUGUUACUGAAAGUGCACAGAACAGAUUGUAAAGUCUUUUGGGAGAAACCAGAACUAGAUUACAUAACUCUGGCUCUGAGUGUGAAAUGAAGUCCUUUGUUUUAUUAUUGUGAUUUUUCUGUUUUAAGUCAUUAUUCCAUGAUUAAUUGUUUGGAUUUUUUUUGGUAGAGUACAUUAAGAGUGGAGGUGCAGAAAAAUUCACUCUUGCUAGCAACAAAUUUUAUUGUGAUUCUUUCCAGCAGUGUAAACAAGUUACGUAAUGACUGAAAAGCAAAAGGGCGUGAAACAGGCUGGCUGACCUGGCUAUAAACAUGAAUUCUGCAUGAAUACAAA